UACGUAAAAACGAAAGUCAGACGAGCCUCCAACGCUGCGCAAAUUAAUUAGAUAAUACGCAAAGUGUGGUAGAUGUUUCCAGUCUUUCAAACGCAGAAAAUCGGCCAAAACCAAACGCCACCAAGUCGCGGGCGAAGCGCCACCGCUGAAGAAGACUGAGCAGUGAAGGGCGGCCCAGGCGGCAGCCCAAGCUGGGGACGGCGGCGACAACAAUAGGAAGUUGAAACAGAACCAAAUCCCAAGACUAGACAAUAUAUAAAUAUCUAGAGCACAACAGAGAUCCUUCUCUCGACAAUUCUUGGGAAAACGGUAGCUCUGGACGUCGCAAUCACGAACGCACACGCACGCGUCAAACAAACGCUCACGCUCGCAGGGAGUCGUUCAGAAAAAGCUCGUCUCAUUUCACAGCCCCAUGGACCAAGCCGAUGAACAGAAACAGCAACAGUCCACUAUUGCCACAAUAAAAUACUCCCAGCCCAGCUCCAGACCCAUCAGUUGAACCCUGCAAUGGCGGAGCGCUUCAACAACGAGCCGAUGGCUGUGCACCAGCAGCAUGCCCAGCACAACCGCAAAUCCAAGCAUAACACAAUCCAGUUUUAUACUGGUAACAGUCCCCUUCUCCUCGUUAGUGGUGGCGGUGGUAUUCACGCCAGGCAAGCGACUCGCCUGGAUACGCCGGCCAGAGUCAGAAACCCAGUGACAAAGCUGCAAAAGCAGCUCAGCCACAGCACCAACUGUAAUGAUAGCGGGCUAGCCGUAAGUUCUGUCCAUAGCCAGCCCCUUGUAAAACCCACUGUGGAGCAAAACGGAGCGCCCAUUGUGGAGCAGCAGUUGCCGUCUGCAGAGGCAGCAGGAGCAGUAGUGGGAGCCGUAGAUGCAGCAGAAGCCGCACCACCAUCAGGAACGGAACUCGAUAUAGCCACAGGAGCCAGAUUGAUGAAGCUGCGUAACAAAAGCGAAGAUGCCAUCACUGACUUGCUAACGCGCAUCCCGGACGUGGGCCAUCUGUUUGACGUACAGAGCCGGAUAGGCAACGGCACCUUUAGCACCGUACUGCUGGCCACGCUCAAGCGAGAGGCGAAUCUUCCGGAGAGCAUGCGGCGCAAGUUCGCCAUCAAGCACCACAUACCCACCAGCCAUCCCGACCGGAUUAUGAAGGAGCUCCAGUGCAUGACCAAAAUGGGCGGAAUGGACAACGUCGUGGGAAUCCACUGUUGCCUGCGAUGUGACGCCUCAGCCGCCUUCGUGAUGCCAUACAUGCCGCACGACCGAUUCCAUGACUUCUACACCAAAAUGGACGUGUCAGAGAUUCGGCUGUACAUGCGCAACCUGCUGGUGGCCCUGCGCCACGUCCACAAAUUCAACGUCAUCCACCGGGAUGUAAAGCCCAGCAACUUCCUGUACAACCGCCGGCGCCGCGAGUUUCUUUUAGUGGACUUUGGGCUGGCCCAACAUGUCAGUCCUCCGGUCCCGGCCCCGGGCACGGCCGUAGGACAGCAGGAGCAGCGCAGCCGCCACACUGGAGGGGCUGGUGGUCCGCACAGCAAGCGCUUCAGAGACAGGGAAACGGAGGCACUGCAGACAACAGUUGCUGCUGCUACAGCGGUGGCCGCAGCCGAUGCCGGCCUGGGUGGAGCAGUUAAGCGCAUGCGGCUGAACGAGGAGGGCGGCUGGAGCAAGAUGCCGCUUAAGCCGGUCAACGAGAUUGCCCAUGCCCAAAAUGAGUUGAAAGAGGUUGUCCCUCAGGUACCAGAGACACAGCUUUCCACUCAGAACAUCCACCAGCAACAACAGCACAUGCAACCGGACCAGACUACAAGUACGGGCACAGGCACCGCAAGCACAUGCAGCAAGUACAACACAAACCGAAGCGCCACUGGAUCCACAAACAGUGCCAAGUGCUUCUGCUUCGCCAACCCGGCGGUGUGCCUCAACUGUCUUAUGAAGAAGGAGGUGCACGCCUCGCGGGCUGGCACUCCUGGCUACCGUCCACCCGAGGUGCUGCUCAAGUAUGCGGACCAGACCACGGCCGUGGAUGUGUGGUCCGUCGGCGUAAUCUUUCUCUCGCUCAUGUCAUCGGUUUAUCCGUUUUUCAAGGCACCCAACGACUACAUAGCCCUGGCUGAGAUAGUCACCAUCUUCGGAGACCAGGAAAUACGCAAGACGGCCUUGGCCCUGGAACGCAUGGUCACCCUCAGCCAGCGUUCCCGUCCGCUAAACCUACGCAAACUCUGCCUGCGGUUCCGAAACCGAGCCAUCUUCAGCGAUGCAAAGAUGCUGAAGAAGUACGAGGCACCCGACGGUCAGUGCGAGGUCUGCAAGAACUGUGACCAGUACUUUUUCAACUGCCUGUGUGAGGAGAGUGAUUAUGUGACCGAACCGCUCGAGCCUUACGAGGUCUUCCCCGCCUCCGCCUACGACCUGCUGGAGCGCCUUCUCGAGGUCAAUCCGCACAAGCGCAUCACCGCCGCCGAGGCCCUGCAGCAUUCUUUCUUCAACUGUCAGGGCCAAGGCCAGUGCACACAGUCGGGUGGUGAUGAGCAAGUCGCCAACACGCCCCGCAAGGGCCGCACCGCUUCCACUAGGCAGAUGACACGUCGCCGUUUUGCCAAUAGAGCCGUCUCAAUGGGAAUACAGCCGCUGCAGCAGCUGGAGAUAGAGCAGCAGCUGCUGUAUCCCGCCAAAUUGGAGGAGCUCCAGACGGUGCUCAAUAAGCUAUAAAGCUAGUCGUUCCCUGCACAUUGUAUAUAGACUAUACAUCUCUUCCAAAUCACCAUACAAUAUCUGUACAUACACCAACCAUCUCAGCUUGUUCGCUACCCAGGGCGCGCAUCUAGAACAAGCACCUCAGCCUCACAUCCGCCGCCCCCGGCCACAUAUACUUACCUCAAAUUUGCUUCUCAUUUAAAUUUGAAGAGUCGUCUAUCAUAUACUCAAAAAAAGGAAACCAAAAAGAAAGUAUGCAUACUAUACAUGUAUAUUUAUAGCAGUGUUAACCAUGAAAAAUAAGAGAAAAAAAAUACCAAAAAUUGAAAAGGAUAAGAGAGAAAAGUGAAAAAUACU